AUGCUAAAAAUUGAGGAAUAUGUUUGCAACUUAAAAGAAUCAAAUACCCUAUUCAAUGAUGCUCUAAGAAUUGAUACUCAUGAGUCAGUAGAGCCUUACGAUAAUACUAAAUUGUAUUAUAAUUUAGCAUUUACAUUAGUUAGAACCCAAUCUAUAAUAUUGCACCACUUGAAUAUUUUUAAAGCGUAACCGAAAAUAAAUAUUCAAACAUCUUUAGUUCUUGUGUUUAAUCUCUAAAAAAUGAAGAACUUUAAUCAACAAUAAAAUAAGUAACAAAAAAAAGAACUUUUUCAUUCGCUGAAUCUUAAUAGUUAAAUAAGGAUGCCGCAUGUAAUAUUUCAGCUGAUUUUGGAUAAAAACCUUAGUAGCCAGCAUAAAAGGAUCUGAAAUUUUAAUCUAAAUUUAGUUAUGCAAGCAAUUUAUAAAAUAUUGAGACUCCCAAUAAAGAAAGGUAGUAUUUAUAAGAUUCUAUGUUGGUUUUACAUAACAGCAUACCUUAAUCCAAAUUUAGUUCACCUUAAAAGAAGUAUGAUAAGGUUCAAAAAUUUAAAACUACAAAUUCUAGUUUUGAUGCAGAAAAAAGUGAAUUAACUUAAACAACUCAAGUUACAAAGAGUAUUUGUAAAAACAAUUACAAGGAAUUCGAAUCGAUCUUUAAAGAAUGCUAACAUAAUUUUGAAAAGAACAAGGCAAGGAAAACAGAUGAAUAUAUAGCUUGUAACAUAUAAUGA